AAAGCUUGAAAGAUAAAUCAUAACUAUCGUCUUUUUAACGACAUGAUUUCGACAGGUUAAAUGAAAUACAUAAACACUUGGUUUUCAGCUGUGAACUUCUGCUGUUUGCUCAAUUCAUAGAAAUGGAUACGCGAGUGAAGGUACCUCGGGCCCUGAAAGCUAAAGUGAUGCUAUGGACAGAUGUAAGUUACCAUGACAUGGAGCAGAUAGAUAAGAUGCACUCUCUUCCUGAACUGGAGAGUACUUUAUGCAGUGUGCUUGGAGUUGACCUACCUGAACCAAAAAGAGGAGUUCUGCUCGAGUUGUAUGUCCACACUGUGCUUUUCUGCAGAGAGAGCAGGUUCAACAAAGAACAAACCUCUGCUCUCUUGUCCAUCAUGAAGUCUGUUCAUGAGGCUAACAUAGAGACUCCGCUCAACAACAUAGACCAGAGCUUCAAAUACUGCAAGGAGCUACUUCUCUGUCACUCAGUCAGGCGACCUCCUUAUAGUAUCAACCUCUUCAGCCCUGAGGAGGGGAGCUCUAUCUUGAAGUACUUCUAUGAAAGCUACGUGAAGUACUACAAACUCUAUAAAUAUAUCUUUACACCACAGGUAAAACUUGAUUUGUCUUUGACUUACUCUGUGAGCCCAAACCACGAUGAACCUACUGUGGAGGAUUCUUCUUUUCCAGAGGCAGAAGUUGAACCAAAGACAGACAGCUCCUCAGAUACGCAGGAAACAACCACUGCAGAACCAAAGGACACCACACUGGGUUCAAAAUGGGAGCUGAAGGCACUGAUAGAGAAAGAGAUCAAAGAGCAGAUGAUGAUUGUGUCAGGACAACUUGAACUGCACGUGAAAGGAAUCACGCAUCAGCACAACAGUGAUUCUCCAGAGCCCAAAAACAAGGGCAACAAAUAAUAACACUUCAAAUA